AUGCCACACCAAGAGAUCACCCGCGACGAGGUCGCCAAGCACAACACCGAAGACUCGCUCUGGUGCAUCAUCGACCACAAAGUCUACGACCUGACCGACUUCGUCGACGCGCACCCGGGCGGCUCGGUGGUGCUGGCGCAGGUGGCCGGCACCGACGCGACGGCCGCCUUCUACAACCUGCACCGGCACGAGGUGCUGCAAAAGUACGAUUCCCAGCUCUGCGUCGGCGUGCUGGCGGGCGAGAAGCCCGAGGUCGUGGACCCGCAGCCGGGAGACCUGAGCCAGGUGCCCUACGCCGAGCCGCUGUGGCUGCGGCCGCAGUUCCACAGCCCCUACUACGCCGAGAGCCACCGCCGGCUGCAGCGCGCCGUGCGCCUCUUCACCGACACGCACGUCACGCCCGAGGCCCAGGAGAAGGAGCGCGACGGCAGCUACAUCAGCCAGGCGCUGAUCGACAAGAUGGCCGAGGCCAACCUGCUCGCCAUGAAGCUGGGGCCCGGCCCGCACCUGCACGGCCGCCAGCUGCUCGGCGGCGCCGUGGACGGUAAAGAGUUCGACUACUUCCACGACCUGGUCGUCGCGCAGGAGUCGGUGAGGCCCAAGGCGCGCGGCUUCCAGGACGGCAACAUGGCUGGCAUGAUGAUCUCGUUGACGGCCGUGCGGCAGUGGCUGGGCGAUAAGGCGCUGCAGGCUAAAGUGACCGAAGAGUGCUUGAGCGGGAAGAAGAAGAUCUGCCUGGCCAUUACCGAGGCCUUUGCCGGAAGCGACGUCGCUGGAAUACGCACGACCGCCACAAAGACUCCGGACGGCAAGCACUACAUUAUUAAUGGCACUAAGAAGUGGAUCACGAACGGAAUGUUCUCUGACUACUUUGUCGUGGGCUGCAAGACGGACAAGGGAUUCUCGGUCAUUCUUGUCGAAAGAGGCGAAGGGGUCGAGACCAAGCCGAUCAAGACGUCGUACUCCACGGCCGCCGCUACUGCAUUCAUCCAGUUCGAGAACGUCAAGGUCCCGGUCAACCACCUGCUGGGUAAGGAGCACAAGGGAUUCACUGUGAUUAUGAGCAACUUCAACCACGAGAGAUGGGCUAUGUGCUGCGGUGUCAUCGGCUGGCAGCGCAUCAUCGUCGAGGAAUGCCUCAAGUGGUCGAACCAGCGCAUUGUUUUUGGCAAGAACCUACUCGCACAGCCGGUCAUCAGGCAGAAGCUGGCCAAGAUGAUCUCGCACGUCGAGGCCAACCAGGCGUGGCUGGAGCAGAUCACGCACCAGAUGUGCAAGAUGACCUACGAGCAGCAGGCCAGGCACCUGAGCGGGCCCAUCGGGCUGCUGAAGUCGUUCGCAACGCGCUCGGCGCACGAAGUUGCGGACGAGGCGGUCAACAUCUUUGGCGGGCGUGGCAUCACCCAGUCGGGCAUGGGAAGGGUGGUGGAGCACUUCCACCGGUGCUACAAGUUCGACGCGAUCCUGGGUGGCACAGAGGAGAUUCUGGCCGAUCUCGGGGUGAGACAGGCGAUGAAGGAGAUGCCAAAGGCCAUGUUGUAG